AUGAUAUUAAAAAUGUUGAGAAGUUGUUUUCCUCAUGUUCCAAUGAGUCGUCAGCACAAUGCCUUGGGAUCACCCUGCCUCAGUCACCCUAGGAGGCAGCGAGUCUCUGCAAUAUAUCAUGGCAGCUUCCUCUCACUUUACCUCUGCCUCCAGACACUCAUGUUGGCUGCAGGAGCAUUCCAAGUCCAGGGGCCCCAUGAACCGGUGGUGGCCCUGCUGGGGGGUGAAGCUGAGCUGCCCUGUUUCCUCUUGCCUCGUCAAAGUAUUAAAAAUAUGAAAAUAAGCUGGAUUCGAUCCCUACCCUCCCAGGUGGUGCACCUGUAUGAGGAUGGGAGGGACAGGCCUUAUGAAGCCAUGGAGGAGUAUUCUGGGAGGACAGAGCUUAUGAAAAACGCCAUGUAUAAAGGGAUGGUGGUCCUGAGAAUCCUCAAUGUCCGACCCUCUGACAAUGGGCAGUAUCGCUGUGGGUUCCGGUAUGGCUCCUUCUACAGUGAUACAAUGAUUGAGCUCAAAGUGGCAGUUCUUGGCUCACAUCCUCAGUUCCAUGUGGAAGUCACUAAGUCCAAACAAAUGCAAGUAGUGUGCACAUCAGAGGGCUGGUUCCCUCAGCCGAAGGUCCAGUGGAUGGACUCUGAGGGAGCAGAAAUUCCAGCUGAGUCUGAGACUCAUACCCAGGACAAAGGUGGCUUGUUCCAUGUAACAACAUCACUGCUCCUCAGAGAACCUUCUCAGAAGAAUCUGACAUGUUCUGUCUGGAACCCAGUCCUGAAUCAGAGAAAGGAAGAACGUUUGUCCACAGCAGUUGCUGAGCCCGUCAGUGUGACAGUCAUCAUAGUGGUUACAGCUUUGGUAACAUUUCUGAUAAUGCUGAUUCUUCUCAUACUCGUUGGACUUUAUUUAAACAGAAAGAGGAUCAAAAACAGGACAUCCCGGGGCUUCCCAGGCCAUAGCACACGUAGUACCGACAGUCCGGACAGCACUGCCUACACUGCGGUCCCCGCCAACCCAGAACCCGACUGCAGCCCUGAUGCGUCCAGUGCUGAUCGCCUCCAGGCCGCCAGCCCUGACCACGACGCUGCCAGAAGAGACAACCAGCCUGGGGCCACGCCCACUAAAGCCACCAACGUUGACCAGGACGCCGCCAGCACUGACCAGGGCGAGGCCACCCCCACAGAUGCCUCCAGCCCUGACCAGGGCGCCGCCAGCAUUGACCAGGGCGAGGCCACCCCCACAGAUGCCUCCAGCCCUGGCCAGGACGCCGCCAGCUCUGACCCGCCCCUGACUGCCCCCGGAGACGCAGAAACCCCCGGUGCCACCGAUGUUGAUGCCGGUGUCAAGCGCUGGCACCAGUCCAAAUAUAACACUCAGGAGGCAGAGCUCCGCAGCUGGAUCGAGGGACUCACGGGCAUGCCUAUCGGUCCCGACUUCCAGGCGGGUCUGAAGGAUGGAACCAUCCUGUGCACACUCAUGAAUAAGCUGCAGCCUGGCUCCGUCCCCAAGAUCAACAGGGCCACGCAAAACCGGUCCCAGCAAGCAAACCUCUCCAACUUCAUCCGGGCCAUGGCCAGCUAUGGCGUAAACUCCAGGGACCUGUUCUCGCCCAGUGACCUGUCUGAGAGUCGGAACAUGAUGCGGGUGCAGGCGUCUCUUCUGGCUCUGAAUCGGAAGGCCGAGACCAAGGGGCAGCAGGGGGGGCAUGGACUUGGAGGAGCAGGACGGGGACCUUCCAUCACGCCACCAUGAGGGAUGGCCAGUGGGCUCAGGCUCCACAUGGGCGCCAACAGAUGUGCCAGCCUGGGCAUGAUGGCCCCCAGGACCUUGCGGUACAUCUAUGACAACAAGCUGGGGACCACCAAGUGUGACAACUCCUCAGGUCUGCAGAUGGGCUACACUCAGUUCACCACCCAGAGCAGCCAGUCUUUCACUUCGGCCAGGGGACAGGAGUUGCGUGGCUGA